GCUCUGCCCUUCGCGGGCCGGGGCUGCGCGGGGCCCGGCCGGGAUCCGAGGAGGGCGCGGGCCGGCGGCGGGGGGCAGCGCGGCCGCCACGCCAUGGAGCCCCGGGCCCGGCGCUGGUGGCUGCUCUGCGCGGCCGCCGCGCUGCUUGCCUGCGCCCGCGGAGACCCCGCCGGCAAAAGCCGCAGCUGCAGCGAAGUCCGGCAGAUUUACGGAGCCAAGGGCUUCCGCCUGAGCGACGUGCCCCAGGCGGAGAUCUCGGGCGAGCACCUGCGCAUCUGCCCCCAGGGCUACACCUGCUGCACCAGUGAGAUGGAAGAGAACUUGGCCAACCGCAGCCGCGGGGAGCUGGAGACGGCACUCCGGGACAGCAGCCGCACCCUGCAGGCCAUGCUGGCCACCCAGCUGCACGACUUCGACGACCAGUUCCAGCAGCUGCUCAAUGGCUCGGAGCGCGCCCUGCAGGAGGCCUUCCCUGGCGCCUUCGGGGAGCUGUACACACAGCAUGCCCAAGCCUUCCGCGACCUCUACGCCGAACUGCGCCUCUACUACCGCGGUGCCAACCUCCACCUGGAGGAAACACUGGCUGAGUUCUGGGCACGUCUACUGGAGCGCCUCUUCCGGCAGCUGCACCCCCAGCUGCUGCUGCCCGAUGACUACCUGGACUGCCUGGGCAAGCAGGCCGAGGCGCUGCGACCCUUCGGGGACGCCCCACGGGAGCUGCGCCUGCGUGCCACCCGCGCCUUCGUGGCCGCCCGUGCCUUUGUGCAGGGCCUGGGCGUGGCCAGCGAUGUGGUCCGCAGGGUGGCACAGGUGCCCCUGGGCCCCGAGUGCACCCGCGCCGUCAUGAAGCUCGUCUACUGCGCACACUGUCUGGGGGUCCCGGGUGCCCGCCCCUGCCCUGACUACUGCCGGAACGUACUCAAAGGCUGCUUGGCCAACCAGGCCGACCUGGACGCUGAGUGGAGGAACCUCCUGGACUCCAUGGUGCUCAUCACGGACAAGUUCUGGGGCCCCUCGGGGGCAGAGACGGUCAUCGGCAGCGUGCACCUGUGGCUUGCAGAAGCCAUCAACACCCUCCAGGACAACAAGGACACACUCACGGCCAAGGUCAUCCAGGGUUGUGGGAACCCCAGGGUCAACCCCCAGAGCCCAGGGCCAGAGGAGAGCCGGCGUCGAGGCAAGCUGGUGCUGCAGGAGAAACCUCCCACAGGCAUACUGACCAGACUGGUCUCUGAUGCCAAGGUCAGGCUCCGGGAUGCCCAGGACUUCUGGAUCAGCCUGCCGGGGACGCUGUGCAGCGAGAGGAUGGCCGUGAGCGCUGGCAGCGACGACCGCUGCUGGAACGGCAUGGCCAAGGGCCGGUACCUCCCCGAGGUAAUGGGUGACGGCCUGGCCAACCAGAUCAACAACCCCGAGGUGGAGGUGGACAUCACCAAGCCGGACAUGACCAUCAGGCAGCAGAUCAUGCAGCUCAAGAUCAUGACCAACCGGCUGCGAGGCGCCUUCAGCGGCGAUGACGUGGACUUCCAGGACGCCAGUGACGAUGGCAGCGGCUCGGGCAGUGGAGCUGGCUGCCCCGAGGAUGUGUGUGGCCGCAGGGUGGGCAGGAAGAGCUCGGGCUCACGGACGCCCUUGACCCACGCCCUGCCCGGCUUGUCAGAGCGGGAGGGGCAGCAGACAGCGGCCGCCAGCUGCCCCCGGCCCCAGGCGUCCCCGCUGCUCCCGCUGUUACCCCUGGUCCUUGCAGCAGCUGGGCCCUGGUGGCGGUAACCACCCACAGCCCAAGGACGGAGGCCCAGGACAACUUUGCCAAAACAGGACAGACAACGUGACCCUCCCCAUGGCCAGGAGAGGCCGGCUCUGCAUCCUACCCAGCCUCUUCCUGCACCCUCAGGUCAGCUGGAGCCAGUGCUCCCCAAAGCCAUGUAUUUCAGGGACCUUGGGGUAGCUCCCCGCCGGAGGCCUGCAAGGAGUGGCCGGGAGCCACACCUCCCCCGAGACCGCGACUGCGGCCUGUGCCUUCCUCUCCUGCCACCUCCCCGGGGCCUCGCCGCAGCCCCCAGCCAUCAGGCGGGUGGUCGAGGGUCCUCCUGGGUGACCCUCCUCCAGCUUGCCAGGGCGCUGAGCCACACCCUCCCUCUUGCGCCCAGACCCACUAAGAGGGCUCCCCCGUGCAUGGACGGGGCCCUGCAGGCCUCCACUCCGCCCUGCUCCCCAAAGGUGCAGUGCUGCCCACAGCCCCAGCAAGCAGCUGGACCCUCACUGCGUGGGGUUGCCUGGCCACUUCAGCCACAGGGAUGUGGGACAGCUACAGAUGCUGCAGCCCAGAACAGGACCCCCUAGCCCCUCCCUGAGCCCAGGCGGCCAUGCGGCAGAGGGGAGCCGCUUGGCCACGCGCUGCUCGAGCCAGGCAGCUGUGGAGAGCUCGUCAUGAGCUGGCUCACCGGGGCCUCUCG